ACCGGCUGGGGUCGCACCCAGGGAGGGGCCAGUACUCUACCGACUGACCUACAGUACCAAAGGCUAUCCAUAGUGGCGGCACCCGAUUGUAACGCCCGUUACGGCACAGUGCAAGAGGUGACCGCUCGUAUGGUUUGCACCGAGCACAAAACAGCCAGUGUUUGCGGGGGUGACUCAGGCGGACCAUUGGUUGUGGAUGGUAAAUUGGUGGGGAUAGUGUCAUGGACAAUGGGUGAUUGUAGGCCUGAUACCACCGCUUAUCCCAGUGGCUACGCCGAUGUGGCUAAUCAACUGACCUGGCUAAAUGAUAGAAUUAAAUAAAAUAAAAUAAUAUUUAUCUAUUUAUUUAAAUAUUUUAUGUAAC